UGGCUGUGCGGGCGGGAGGAGCGGCGAGCUGAGCUGAGGAGGCAAUGCAGGGGAGCUUCCAAAGUGGACGGAGGGUUCUACCCCUGUGCCGAGCAGCAGACGACAGCCGCGCGUAGCGAACCAGGGAGCUCAUUUGUAACAAGGCGUCAUUUUGAAUUCUUCUACAAAUCUGGCUUUUAGUAGUCAGACGGAGCGAGACUACAAAUCACGGUUCGGCAGGGCAGCGGCGACUCACCGGAGGAACUCUCACGCCACGCAACAGAGAUGUCCCUACUAUGUGUGGGAGUGAAGAAAGCCAAGCUGGAUGGACCCCAAGAGAAGUUCAACACCUAUGUGACUCUUAAGGUGCAAAAUGUGAAGAGCACAACCAUCGCUGUCAGGGGCAACUUGCCCAGCUGGGAGCAAGACUUCAUGUUUGAAAUCAACCGAUUAGACCUGGGUCUGACAGUAGAGGUGUGGAACAAAGGGUUAAUCUGGGAUACCAUGGUGGGCACGGUGUGGAUUCCUCUCCACAGCAUCAGACAGUCAAAUGAGGAAGGCCCAGGCGAGUGGCUCACGUUGGACUCUCAGGUCAUCAUGACUGAUAAUGAGAUCUGCGGCACCAAAGAUCCCACGCUUCACCUGGUGCUGCUCGACACACGCUUUGAGCUGCCCCUCGACAUCCCAGAGGAUGAGGCAAGGUACUGGGCUAAAAAACUGGAGCAACUUAAUGCAAUGAGGGACCAAGAUUACUCGUACCAAGAAGAACAGGAACGCCCACUCCGGGUUCCAACCACCCAGUGCUGCAAUUGGAGUUUAUGGGGAGACCAACAGAACGAUGACCCUGACAGUGCUGUAGAUGACAGAGACAGCGACUACCGCAGUGAAACCAGUAACAGCAUCCCCCCUCCGUACUAUAGUACAUCACAGCCCAACGCCUCUGUCCACCAGUAUCCAGUCAGCCACCAGCACCGCAACUCCAGAGGCGUUUCAUACUCACAUUCGACCAACAGCCAUGACCUUGACUACCAUCAUCAGCGGACUGUAAGUCCCACUGGAAGCUAUGCAUCAUCUGCUGAGUUAAGUCGAUGCAGCAGUCAGCUGAGUGAGGAGGACUACGGCGGUGAAUAUGGAGAGAGGGACCCUUACGAUGAAAAUGACUCUUACCAUUCCUGCCACUCCUCAGUCAGCUACAGUAAAGGUUCCCCAGACUGGGACCCUGAUGAGACCCAGGGCGCAUACAGUGAUGAGGGUGGCUACAGCAAAGAUGGAGGUGAAGAGGCUGCUCUGUAUGAGGAAGAAGAUGCAGGCUUAUACGAGGUCGAAGAGGAGGGUCUUUAUGAAGAUGAAGACUUGAUGUAUGAUGAAGAUGAUUUAUACAAUCUGGAUGGAAACCUCAGUGAGGAUUUAGAGCCUCCAUUCACACCCACUCCAACAUCAACGGCUCCCCCAGCUCUUGAUGUACCGAGCUCUAGACCGCCACUGGAAAAACAAUCCUCUGUACAUGAAAAACAGCCCCCUGUACAACCCUCAAAUCAAAUAUCCAACCAGGCUGGAAUCGCUCCAACAGCACAGCCCCCCCCUCCUGGUCAUCAAAAUUCUCAACCACCUAAACAGCCCCAAACACAGGCUCAGACAGCGCCGUCCGCCACGUCCUUUUUCUCAAUGGCCAAACCUCUAACCGCCGCAGUCACGGGCUUGGCCUCCACUUUUCUGUCUUCUGUCCCUACUGGCCAACCCGCGCAGUCUCAUCCCCCGCCACCCGCUGCCUCUGAACAACAACAGUCUGCAGCAGCAAACAAUGUCCCACCGUCCCACCCGGCCACAUUAGCAGCAAGUCAGCCACCCUCCGCCACCACGGGCCCCCCUUCACAGCAGAUUCCAAAUUCUCCAAAGCCUGCAUCUCCACUUAACAGUUCUGAAAAUGUCCAGUCCUCUGCCCCGAUAGAUGAGGGUUUGCAGAUGGAAGAAGAGCCAUGGCUGGAGGAAGAAAACGUACCAGAAGAGGCCAAGUUGUCCGAAACGCCCCCAGAAGAAAAUCUCAGCAAGGAACAAAAGAUUGAAACAAGCAGGCCACCAACUCCUGAGGAAAAAGAAAUACCAACUGAAAGUCCUCCAGUUAUAGAGGAACCCAAAGAGCCAGUGGAUCCAGCAGUCCGAGCUAAAGAGAAUUGGCUAAGGCUCUACAACAAGGUUUUAGACCAGCUUCGGGAGGCGCGAGGAGAAACGUCCAGCUCGUUGUGGUUUGGUAAAGGAGGGAUGGGAGGUGCACUUUAUAGUAUUGACAGCAUGCCAGACCUUCGGAAGAGAAAAGCCAUUCCUCUGGUCAGGGAUCUGGCAAUGUCACUGGUGCAGAACUCUCGGAAGGCCGGAAUCACCUCUGCAAUGGCCUCAACCACUCUCGGCAAUGAGGAGUUGAAAAGUCACGUAUAUAAGAAAACCCUGCAGGCGCUCAUAUACCCCAUCUCCUCCACUACACCGCAUAAUUUUGAAGUGUGGACAGCCACCACGCCCACUUACUGUUAUGAAUGCGAAGGCUUGCUGUGGGGCAUAGCCCGACAAGGCAUGCGCUGCUCUGAGUGUGGCGUCAAAUGUCACGACAAGUGCCAAGAUCUGCUAAACGCCGACUGUCUGCAGAGGGCUGCGGAGAAAAGUUCUAAACAUGGAGCAGAAGACCGAACGCAGAACAUCAUCAUGGUUCUAAAGGACCGCAUGAAGAUCAGAGAGAGGAACAAACCAGAAAUUUUUGAGCAAAUUCAGGAAGUGUUUGGCCUUGACAAAACGACACAUGGCACCCAAAUGAAACAGAUCAAGCAAAGUGUGCUUGAUGGGACGUCGAAAUGGUCAGCAAAAAUCAGCAUCACUGUGGUAUGUGCACAAGGACUCCAGGCGAAAGACAAAACCGGUUCCAGUGAUCCAUAUGUAACGGUCCAGGUGGGAAAGACCAAAAAAAGAACUAAGACCAUCUAUGGCAACCUCAACCCAGUCUGGGAAGAGAACUUCCAUUUCGAGUGCCACAAUUCUUCUGAUCGCAUCAAGGUCCGAGUUUGGGAUGAAGACGAUGAUAUCAAGUCUCGUGUUAAGCAGAGGUUUAAACGCGAGAGCGACGACUUCCUUGGUCAAACUAUCAUUGAAGUCCGCACUCUUAGUGGGGAGAUGGACGUUUGGUACAACCUAGACAAGAGGACAGAUAAAUCUGCUGUGUCGGGAGCCAUCCGCAUGCACAUCAGCGUGGAGAUUAAAGGAGAGGAGACGGUGGCUCCUUAUCAUGUCCAGUACACCUGUCUUCAUGAACAUCUCUUCCAGUACACUACUGAGGAACAGAAUGGUGGAGUGGUGAAAAUCCCCGAUGCCAAAGGAGACGAUGCCUGGAAGGUUUAUUUUGAGGAAACUGCUCAGGAGAUAGUAGAUGAGUUUGCCAUGCGUUAUGGUGUGGAGUCCAUCUAUCAGGCUAUGACCCACUUUGCCUGCUUGUCAUCUAAGUACAUGUGCCCCGGAGUGCCUGCGGUGAUGAGCACCUUGCUUGCCAAUAUCAAUGCUUACUAUGCUCACACGACCCAGUCCUCCAACAAUGUUUCCGCCUCAGAUAGAUUUGCUGCUUCCAAUUUUGGCAAGGAGAGGUUUGUCAAGUUACUGGAUCAGCUGCACAACUCCUUGAGGAUUGACCUCUCCAUGUAUCGGAAUAAUUUCCCUGCCAGCAGUCCUGAAAGACUCCAAGACCUCAAGUCUACUGUGGACCUGCUGACCAGCAUCACAUUCUUCAGGAUGAAGGUCCAGGAACUACAAAGUCCCCCAAGAGCGAGUCAGGUUGUGAAGGACUGUGUCAAAGCCUGUCUCAAUUCAACCUAUGAGUACAUUUUCAAUAACUGUCACGACCUCUACAAUAGGGAAUAUCAGACAGAUCCGUCAAAGGCAGUUCCUCCAGAUGAGCAGGGUCCCAGCGUAAAGAAUCUGGACUUCUGGUCCAAACUCAUCACGCUCAUUGUCUCCAUCAUAGAAGAGGAUAAAAAUUCCUACACUCCUUGCCUUAAUCAGUUCCCACAGGAACUAAAUGUGGGCAAGAUCAGUGCUGAGGUCAUGUGGAAUAUGUUUGCUCAAGAUAUGAAAUAUGCCAUGGAAGAACACGAAAAGCACCGUCUUUGCAAAAGUGCAGAUUAUAUGAACUUGCACUUUAAGGUGAAGUGGCUUUACAACGAGUACUGCAAGGAACUGCCCACAUUCCAGAAACAUGUACCUGAGUAUCCAGCAUGGUUUGAGCCCUUUGUCAUCAUGUGGUUGGACGAAAACGAGGAAGUAUCAAGAGAUUUUCUCCAUGGGGCUCUGGAGAGGGACAAAAAAGAUGGCUUCCAGGUCACUUCAGAGCACGCUUUAUUCUCCUGUUCUGUGGUCGAUGUGUUCUCUCAACUCAAUCAGAGCUUUGAAAUCAUCCGCAAACUGGAGUGCCCCGACCCUCAAAUUGUCGGCAACUACAUGAAGAGAUUUGCCAAGACCAUUGGCAAUGUUCUGCUGUCUUAUGCUGACAUCAUAGCGAAGGAAUUUCCAAAUCAUGUGAAGAAGGAGAAAGUGCCAUGUAUCAUCAUCAACAAUAUCCAGCAGCUACGUGUUCAGCUGGAGAAGAUGUUUGAAGCAAUGGGAGGCAAAGAUCUCAAUGUGGAGGCGAGUGACUUCCUGAAAGAACUGCAGAACAAACUCAACAGCGUCAUGGACGACCUCAGCCGCAUUUUCGCCGUCAGUUUCCAGCCCCAAAUUGAGGACAACGUCAGACAGAUGGGGGAUAUCCUGGCCCAGGUCAAAGGUCAGACUGUGCCAGCCAAUGGCAGCGUCGUUCAGGAAGCAGACAAUGUUCUGCAACCUAUCAUGGACUUUCUGGACAGCAACCUGUCGCUGUUUGCUAAAAUCUGCGAGAAGACAGUUUUGAAGAGAGUGCUGAAAGAACUCUGGAAACUGGUGAUGAACACCAUGGAGAAAACCAUUGUGCUUCCAACACUUACUGACCAGACGGGAACUCAGAUGAUCUUCAAUGCUGCUAAGGAAUUAGGCCAACUGUCGAAGCUCAAGGAGCACAUGGGCCGAGAGGAGGCCAAAGCACUCACUCCAAAACAGUGUGCGGUCAUAGAGCUGGCAUUAGACACCAUUAAGCAAUACUUCCAUGCCGGCGGUGUGGGCCUGAAGAAAACUUUUUUGGAGAAGAGUCCAGACCUCGCGUCUCUGCGCUAUGCCUUGUCUUUGUAUACGCAAGCCACAGAUAAACUCAUCAGGAAGUUUGUCCUCUCCCAGCACGCUCAGGUCCAUGGAGGCAAAGGGAUCCGCUGCACGGCAAAUGAAGACACGCCACCGGAGAAACCAUCGGGGGUGGAUGCAGUUGGAGAAGUGGUCAUGCACGUGGAUAUUCUACCUCAGCCAAACGGCGAGCACAAGAUCAGCAUCAAAGUGGUGGCUGCUAACGAUCUGAAAUGGAGGGCGCAGGGUUUCCGGCCUUUUGUGGAGGUCUACAUCAUCGGCCCUCACCUUAGUGACAAAAAAAGGAAGUUUGCAACCAAAUCCAAGAACAACAGCUGGUCUCCAAAAUUCAAUGAGAGCUUCCAGUACUCGCUGGGCACCGAGGUGGGUCCCGAGAGUUACGAGUUGCAAGUGUGCGUGAAGGACUACUGCUUCGCCCGAGAGGACCGCACGGUGGGCAUGGCCGUGCUGCAGGUGAAGGACAUCGCCAACAAGGGCAGCGUCACCUGCUGGCUGCCGCUGGGCCGCCGCGUGCACAUGGACGAGACGGGCCUGACGGUUCUACGCAUCCUGUCUCAACGCAACAACGACGAUGUGGCCAAAGAGUUUGUCAAGCUCAAGUCGGACCAGCGCUCGGCCGAGGAGGGCCGCAGCUGAGGGGCCCGGCCGGGGGUACACAAAGCACACACGCCUGCAAACGCUCCGCUGUAAAUACCUUCGCCUACAUUUUUGCAACAUUUGAGGGCAGAAUAUCUUUAUACAACGUCAGAUUUUGAGUCUUAGCUUCAGGUUAGCCACACGAUACUCGCGUCUCACUUUUUCUAAUGCUGACACUUCCUUGUGAAAUAAUGACCAGACACGUGGGACUAGCUGGAGGAAGACCACUUUUGCACUUUUGCCUCCUCCUGUAUAUUCAGGGGAGCGUCGCUAUGCUACGUCUGUCUGUGUGGAUGUGCGUCGUCCUUCCGCGCCUGCUCGUUUCGUGUCCUGUGGAGCUCAGCUUCGUAGCAUACCAGGGAUGUCCAAACCUAUGGUUGUCUUAGCUGGUUAGCUGCCGUUAAUGUUGAUAGACAUCCAAUCCGUUUUGACUGGUAGGGGGUUGGACGGCAAUCGUUCUAUCCCAGUCAAAAAGGAUCGGACGUCUAUCGCAGUCAAUGCAAUGACAUGAGUUAAAGAAAAGAAUGUUGUUAUUGAAAAGACUAAACUGUAAUGCAGGGGUCUCAAACCGCUAGAAAUAGAGCCUGGGACGCAUCAAGAUUCCCCAAAAAAGUAACUAAAUUUGCCAGAUUACUUUGGCUAACUACUUGGAGGUUAACCACCACCAAAUGCUAUUUUAGGCCACAAGAAAUUUAAAGAAAACAUGCAUUUACAUAGAGAAAAAAAAUACUUAUAGAAAAAAAAAAUGCAUUCGUUUUAUUAGUUUUUUUUCUGUAAGCUCGGUGUUUUUUUUUUGUUUUUUUUUUUGCAAAUUAUGAUUUUAAAGUUUGUGCAACGCAAAAUUAUUGCAAAGUAAUACUUUUAACAACUUGAGGAUAUAGCUGGCACUAUUGUUGUUUUUGGCAGCCCUUUUAAUUUUCGUCUUCGUCUUUUGGACAAUAAAACUAAUUAGUGUUAGUCAUAUUUUAGUCAUCUCAAAAUGUGUUUAUCUUCGUCUAGUUUUUGUUGACGAAAACUCAAGACUAAUUUCGUCUAGUUUUCGUCGACGUUUACUAAAAAUGUUUUCGUCUGUAAAAUUUAAUUUUACUGCCAAAAAAAAAAAAAUAUAUAUAUAUAUAUAUAUCAUAGGGGGCCUAUUUUCAAAAAUUUGAAAUUUAAAUAUUGCAUGAAAACUAAAGCAUACACGGGGAAAAAAACUGAACAGAUUUGAAAUCUGUGACCAAAAAUUGAAUUGAAUCAGUUAAAAAAUACUCGUGCAACUGGAAAAAAAAUGCUGCCCACUAUUAUUCAUUCUUCAAAUUUAUUGGGAAAAAAAAAGAUUUGUUAUUUUCUUUUGCUUUUUAUUUAAAAUAAUUUAUAUUAUAUAUUUUUUCACCUAUAGCGUUUUAACACGUACGUGUGUAUUAUAUUGUAUUAUUACUAAUGUAAUUAUUUAUACUUUUUUUUGUUUUUUUUAAUAAAAGUAUUUAUAUAUUUAAAAUAACUUUUAUAAUAAUAAAAAAAAAUCCAUGGCAAAAUGCCACACUAUUAAUAAAUUUUGAGCUAAAUGUUGAGCCGUGGGCCGAAUUUCUCCCUUGGGCCUCAGGUUUGAGACCCCUGUAGUAAAGGGACGUAUGACAAGCUACACUAUAACAAUGACGGUGACACUUUGGACAUCCUUGUUAUAUUGUGACGAGGACCCCAAGACUGACCUGGGAUCAGUGUCUGCCGUGUUUCCCGUGCCGUCGUUAACGUCCCGCAUGUUGACCCCGCCUCCCUCCAACACUGUGAUUGGCUUGCUGUAACCAUGGCAAUCCCUGCCCUCCCAAUAGAAAGAGGGCCUCCGAUGUUUGCCCGGUGUGAGCAUGACGCAUAUUUCAACCACAAUAUUUGUUGUCACGUUUUGGGAUUUGACUGAUUUGCAGUCCAUUGUGUGAUGUCAUACUCAGCGUGGAGCACAUCGACUGUGCAGUGGUGCCUUGACUUACGAGUGAGAGUUUUUCAAGUUGCGAGAACUUUUUUUUUUAGCUCAUGUAUUUUGAAAAAAUAUAUAUUCGUGAUUUUCAGCCAAUCACUUCUCGUGGUUGCGUGAGUUAUUUUGGACUCGCGUACUCGUUUUUUUUUCUACGGGGACUAUUGACAAAGUGAUCAUUAAAGAAAUGAUAGCCAAUUGAAUUAAAGUAUGAACGUAGCCUAGUACGUAGUUCGACUAUAUUGUUAGUAUGUGAUGUAAUUGUAAGCUGUAUUUGUAAGUUUUUCAGAAACUAAUUCAACUGAUAAAAUAAAAUAAUUAUGUUUCCUCAAUUUAACCUUUAUGGACUAACAUAAUUUUAAAUCUCACAAAAAUAAAAAAAAAAUAUCAUUUUGGAAUCAAACGGAGCAGUAGCAGUCAAUAAAGGCUGUAGUUUUUUUUAUUGCUAAAAAACAACAACUGGAUGGAUUAUUAACUCAUUGGCGUCUAUUGACAGCGCUUGACAUCCACUCCAUUUGAAAUAGGAGGUGAAUUAACGUUAGUUCAUUUCCCCCUCAACAGGAAGUGACCCAAAAUACACAGGAAAUGGCCUGAAAUGCCCCCAAAUAAACGCAGCGGCUGCCAUUGACUGCUGUAGACGUCCAAUCCCUUUAAAUUCACAGCAGAAGGAUGAAAACAGCCACAUAAUUGGAUGUCUAGCAUCAUCAAUGACACAGAAAGAGUUAACUCAAGCCCCUUUCACACACUCCGGAACACCGGGAAUAUCGCGGGAUUUAACCGUGCUGCAGAUUUAUGUGAAAACAAUUUCCCUGGUCGACUGACACAUAGAUUACGCGGACAUUUCACAGGUCGUGUCUUAGUAUCAUGUCCAGAACUCGCCCGGGAAGCGGUGUGCGAGAAAGCAGGUGUUAAAUUCCCGGGUCACAGCACAAUGGCUGAUGACGAAAAUAUCAUAGCGAGCCGAUCAUCACUUUCUUUACUACUCUACUUUCGCUACUGCGGAGACAAGGUUGUACUUCAAGAACAACGGAGGGAUGCGUUCAAGGGUUUAUUAAAUACAUAUUUGCCACUACCACAAAGAUCUGCACCCGCGGGGGCUCCAUCCGAGCCCGCACCAGAGGCUUCCGUGCGCACCGCUAGAGCCUCCCUAUUCGGCGGAGCCUGAGGUGAGGGGAGACAACGAGCCUCUCCAUGCCGCUGCACCAUGUAGAAAUCUGACCUUCUAGCCGGACCGUUGGAAUCGCACCAGCCAAACCGCCGGAACAGCAGUAGUGCAGAUCCAACAAGCCCCGGAAAUCCGGCCAGAAGGCCAAACUCCACGUGUUCACCUUAGUCUUAACCCUUUGUACUGACUCCAUUUUGAAAGGUUUAAAGAAUGCUCACCGAAAACAAGUUGACAAUUUAUCAGGUCGACAGCAAUCAAAACGGCAAGGCGAAACAGAAACACUCAGGCGGAGGGAGGCAAGGUCACCCUAUCAUACGUCAACAAAAGGCUCCCGAGAAAAAAUGACAACGCUUAGUUAAACAUUCAGUCUUUUGAAGGCUCUCGCAGGGCGGGCCGUGAGCAGGAAGAAGGGGUGUGUUUGGGAUUAUUGUCUGUGGAUUGGACAGGAGAUUACAGGAGUUACUGUUGUCCGAGCAACGAGGGUUGUGGAUUUUGUCACCUCAGCGUCAAAGGGGCUCUUGGAGUCUUGUCAGUCGUGUUAUCAGUUGGAUAUUGGGCUUUCUCCGGUGCUCAGAGCAUCCCGCCAUUGGUUCUGGACUGUCCGGGAGAACUGAUUGCGAGAGUUGGUGCGUCAAUCUUGCCCAUGACGUACACGUUGGGCUUCCGUGCAAAGAAGGCGUCGUGUAUCAUUUAUGCCCUAUAUUCUGCUUGUUUUCCUUAAACUAUGGUAUAACUGCUAUUUAUUUUAUAUUGGGUGUGUUAGAGUAAUACAAACAGUUAGACGGUGCCUACGAGAAAAUGUACUCUCCUUCACCCACAAAUAAAAAUACACGUGAUUGCUGGCUGAAAACAAUUACACAAUGCGUCUGUGACAGUAGAACCGAGGAAGAGAGUCCAUCGCCCAUCUUUGGAAAGGUGUGGUUUAUUUUGUUCUCGAUGUUAGUGUCCGCUACUGUGGAAACAAGGUUGUACUACAAAGCAGAAAACAACGGAGGGAAGCGUUCAAUGGUUUAUUAAAUAGAAAAAUACACGCGAUUGCUGGCUGAAAAGGGGGGGAAAAAAAACAUAAUGGGUCCGUGACAGUAGGUCGACGGGGAACAAUAAAUUACUAACCUAAGCGGUAGGCAGAGAGCCAAUAAGACAGCCAAAAAAAGCCAGCGGGGUUCUUCCUUCCACCCUUCUCUUGGAUCGCCUGGGCUUAAAUACAGUCUUGAUGAGCUUGAAUUGGCUGCAGAACAAAACACGAUUUGACCAACACUGUGACAGCCGAUACCGACCAAAAAUGACGUAAUGUCCGGGUUAUAAAAUCGCGCGAGCAGCCCUCCCCGCACCAGUGGGCAACACGAGACAAGUGUGUGAAAGUGUCCAACCCACGUCAUUCUCAGGACAUCUCUACAUGCGUGAAAGCAAUGAUGCGAGUAAAUCCUGCGUCACCUUACACGGGAAUUUCCCUGGAUAUGUGUGUGAAAAGGGCUUUGUUGUCUGCCAUUGACAACAAUAGACAUCCAAAUUUUAUUUAGUGGAAGGUGAAGUGUCAAAGUAAUGGACCUUUUUUUUUUGGUAACACAUUACAUCAUGUUUUUAGAAUUUUUUUCCCCUCAUUGGAAUCUUUUGAAAAGAACCUUUUGCAUUACGAAUGGGGUCAUGGAACGAAUUCAACUCAUACGUCAAGGUAACACGGUACUUCCAAAAGGGCUACGAGAAUCCCCCUUCCCUCCCCCUACACUGUCAUACAAACACACCAAGUUUGUAUGCGCGCAAAAAUAGGUUCUGAGAUUGCGAGCAAUACGAACGCGCUGUCAAUCAAAGCCGCAUUAGAACCCAGCGCAAUAUCAAACCCCAUCCCGUCAUUUCCUUUCACUCGGGUAUGUUUUGUAGGAAGAAUGUGUUUGUGUCCUUAAACAACUACUUGCCUUGAGAAGGACCCGAUUUGCACGCACCGGAGCUCUUACGCCAUUUUAUUUAAAACGAGAAGCCAUCGAAGUCACCGCCAAGCAUUUAUGAUCUAAUCAUUAAUGUUCACAUAAAAAAACAGAAAAAAAAAAGGUGGCAAACAUCCACCGCCGUUCUUUGUGUGCUCCCAUUAAUGAUGUCAUUGACUGUGCACAAACGACUAGCUUGUCACAUGUUCUCUACUCAAUACUGGGAUAAAAUGCUAAUUAUCUGCAAGACAAUUGUCUUUAUGCCUUUACCUUCUGCAAACGGGUUUCCCAAACUUGAUACUUCAAAACUUUUAUUUUUCAAUGUUAUUUUUAUGUCUGUCAUUCUCUGUGUGCACUCAUAGCUGAGAACGAGGCACUCUAAUGCAACCACGCAAACCCAAACCACCAGUCCAGGAUAAGUCAUUCCUCCUCUCCUUGGAACUCCUGACUGUUUGUCACUCUUGACUAGGGGUGUGACAAAAUAUCGAAAUGGUGAUACAGUGGGGCAAAUAAGUAUUUAGUCAACCACCAAUUGUGCAAGUUCUCCUACUUGAAAAGAUGAGAGGCCUGUAAUUGUCAACAUGGGUAAACCUCAACCAUGAGAGACAGAAUGUGGAGAGAAAAAAAAACAGAAAAUCACAUUGUUUGAUUUUUAAAGAAUUUAUUUCCAAAUUACAGUGGAAAAUAAGUAUUUGGUCACCUACAAACAGGCAAGAUUUCUGGCUGUCAAAUAGGUCUAACUUCUUCUAAAGAGGUUUAACGAGGCUCCACUCGUUACCUGUAUUAAUGGCACCAGUUUUAACUCAUUAUCGGUAUAAAAGACACCUGUCCACAAGCUCAGUCAGUCACACUCCAAACUCCACUAUGGCCAAGACCAAAGAGCUGUCGAAGGCAACCAGAGACAAAAUUAGAGACUUGCACCAGGCUGGGAAGACUGAAUCUGCAAUAGGUAAAACGCUUGGUGUAAAGAAAUCAACUGUGGGAGCAAUUAUUAGAAAAUGAAAGACAUUUAAGACCACUGAUAAUCCCCCACGAUCUGGGGCUCCAUGCAAGAUCUCACCCCGUGGUGUCAAAAUGAUAACAAGAACGAUGAGCAAAAAUCCCAGAACCAAAUGGGGGGACCUAGUGAAUGACCUACAGAGAGCUGGGACCACAGUAACAAAGUCUACUAUCAGUAACACAAUGCGCCACCAGGGACUCAAAUCCUGCACUGCCAGACGUGUCCCCUUGCUGAAGCCAGUACACGUCCAGGCCCGUCUGCAGUUCACUAGAGAGCAUUUGGAUGAUCCCGAAGAGGACUGGGAGAAUGUGUUAUGGUCAGAUGAAACCAAAAUAGAACUUUUUGAUGCAACACAGGUUCUCGUGUUUUGGAGGAGAAAGAAUACUGAAUUGCAACACCAUACCCACUGUGAAGCAUGGGGGUGGAAACACCAUGCUUUACGGCUGUUUUUCUGUAAAGGGACCAGGACGACUGAUCUGUGUAAAGGAAAGAAUGAAUGGGGCCAUGUAUCGAGAGACUUUGAGUGAAAAUCUCCUUCCGUCAGCAAGGGCAUUAUAGAUGAGACGUGGCUAGGUCUUUCAGCAUGACAAUGAUCCCAAAAACACCGCCAGGGCAACAAAGGAAUGGCUUCGUAAGAAGCAUUUCAAGGUCCUGGAGUGGCCUAGCAAGUCUCCAGAUCUCAACCCCAUAGAAAAUCUGUGGAAGGAGUUGAAAGUCCGUGUUGCCAAACGACAGCCCCAAAACAUCACUGUUCUAGAGGAGAUCUGCAUGGAGGAAUGGGCCAAAAUGCCAGCAACAGUGUGUGAAGAGUUACAGAAAACGUUUGGCCUCCGUUAUUGCCAACAAAGGGUACAUAACAAAGUAUUGAGAUGAACUUUUGGUAUUGACCAAAUACUUAUUUUCCACCAUGAUUUGCAAAUAAAUUCUUUAAAAUCAAACAAUGUGAUUUUCUGUUUUUUUCCCCACAUUCUGUCUCUCAUGGUUGAGGUUUACCCAUGUUGACAAUUACAGGCCUCUCUAAUAUUUUCAAGUGGGAGAACUUGCACAAUUAGUGGUUGACUAAAUAGUUAUUUGCCUCACUGUAUACCCUGAUACUUUGUAUCCCAAAAGGUUAUCGAUAUGCACCUGCCUCGAAUCGAGAUAUCGUUUUAAGAAGGUGUCAAUGUUUAAAAAAAAAAAAAAAAAAAAAAAAAAAGGAAAACCAAGUUGCUACCAAAUUCUUCCACCAUAAUAGUGUCUCAGUUCACUCUAAGGCUGCUAUUGAUGGUGUUUGACGCCCGAUCCAUUUAGACAGGGAACGUUCGUUCAUUCAAAACCAGAGCAUUCAGUCAUUCUGUCCGAUUUUCAGGGCAUUUACAGGCCACUUGCUGUUCAUUUAAGGGCAUUUACAGCUCAUUUUCUGUUCAGUUUGAGUCACUGCCUAUUCAUUAUGGUGAUUCCUGCUCUGUAACUCAAAAUAAACAGGAAGUGACCCAUAAAAUACCCCAAAAUCAACAGAUAGUAACUGAAAAUCAACAGUUAAAUGACCUUAAAUGGCCCAAAAUGACCUCAUUGCCUGGCAUUGGCUGCCACUGACGGCCAUAGACGUUCAAUCCGUUUGAAGUGGGAGGGAUGGCAGCGAAUGAACGAAUGUUCAUUCGCUGCCACCCUCCCAGUUCAAAUGGAUUGGACGUCUACGAGUGAUAAACUCAUUCCAAUUCACAGCAGAAGCUUCUUUUUCUGUUUAUUAGUUGUUUAUUAGUUUAUUAGAAUAUCCUAGAAUGAUUUCCUGACCAAUGUAUCGAUAAUCGUUGUAUCGCCAUAUCGUCUGAUCAUCGUUAUCGUAUCGUGAGGUACCAAGAGGUUCCCGUUCCUACUCUUGAGAAUUUUAAAAACAACCCCCCCCCCACGCUAAGUUUGGGAAACCCCGAACCCUAACCAUAAUCACUGUCCAAUUUCAAGGGAGCACACACGCCGUGACUUUUCGUCCUAAUGUGUUGCCAUGGAUGCCAGGGCUUUAAAAUCAUCUCAAAGCAUCACAUUAAGUUGCAAUUUGUACAUUAAAAAACAAAUUCUAAAGAAAAAAAUCAAGAGCUGGAUCAGCCGCUUCACGCCAUCUCCUAUAAACCAGCCAGCAAUUUCUGCUGAAGCACAAAAGGCCAUGUCAGAUGACACACAUGCAUGCGUGCACGCAGACAUGACCACCUCCCCUGUGAAUAGAAAACACAAAAUGCAUGACGGGAGUUUAACGUGCCAGUACGUGUCUCAUUGUUUGGACAUUUUCCCCUUAUCCAUUUGUUUUGUGUUUUUUUUUCCUUUCCUGAAAAAAAAAAAACUGUAAAAUUUACAGCGCAGCAACAAUUCGACCACGUGUUUGUUUUCAUACGGGCUUGUGAAUAUGUCAUCUGUAACCAAUAGGAAUGUAGUGUGAACACAGAAUUCGCAUGAGAGGAUUAUUUUCUACAGAGGAUGUUUCUAAUUGCUUUCCUAUCAUAAUCAAUUGUUCCGGAAUUGGAAUGCAGCCUGACUGAUCUGCUUCCUAUUAAAAGGACAUUUAUGUCACGAUAA